AUGAUCACAAAUCUCUCCAUUCCCCCUCCUCCAGCAGUAUAUCUGCUCCUGGGAUCACUUCCCCUCCUUGUCCUCUCCGAGUCCAAAUGGGGUUCGUACACAGGCACAGCUCUCUUCAAGAUGCUCUCUUCGCUAGCAUUUAUCGGAGGCCCACUCCUGCUAACAUCCACGGAAUGGUCAUCUCAUCGUCAGUCUAUCACCAUCGGUCUUCUAUUCUCCUUGGCUGGUGACUUUUUUCUAAUCCCGACUCGAAAUGAAUUCUACGCCAAACCCUCCGAAGAAAGAAAAAUCUCUGUUUCGUUUCAACUCGGGGUAGUUGCUUUCGCAGCGGCUCAUAUAGCCUACAUCUUUGCUUUCCUGCAGGAAGCGCAAGAAACGUCAUGGUCAAUAUUUGCAACCAGUUUUGUCACGACAAUGCUUAUCGCAAAAUGGCUCGGCGUGAUUUAUCCAUCAUCACAUUCGUCGGCCGGGAGUAAUGUUCUCAACCUCACCAUUGGUGCGGACAUGAAGCCAUUGGUUGUUAUAUAUGCCACAAUUAUCAGCUUCAUGUUUGCCACGGCUGUGUCCACCACCCCGUUGGAUGUUGCAACACGCUGGCCGUAUCAGCGGGUCUUGGGAGCCGCGAUGUUUGUUGCUAGUGAUGUCUUUGUUGCGAAGGAUGCAUUUAAGAAAUCUUCGGGCAGGCGAGGUUGGGUUCAGAGUGCGUUCGGGUUUGGACUUUAUUUCUGGGGUCAGAUGGUUAUUGCGGGAUUGGUAGAACCAUAA